UCAUCCACGCCUCUAUUUCACUUCCUCCGCGAGCCGCGCCUGGGACGGGGCUGGCUGACUUCAGCCCAGGAGAUAAAACAUCAUGUAAAAGAAGAUUAAAACACAUUUAUUGCGAACUCCCUGUCAAAUAGCCCCUCAAGUUGCGUACGGUUCCGUACGGAGCGGACGAGCCAAGCAAGUGACAGUGAAAAGAGACCGAAAGGACGUGGCAGACAGUUAUACCAUGCAGGUUAAUGAUGGCCCCAGCAGUCACCCCAUUUUUGUGGCUCCUGUCAACGGAAAUGCUCAGCGGUCAUCAGGAUAUGUUCCAGGCAAGAUUGUUCCAGUUCGUUCUCCACCUCCAGCCAAGGCUCCUCCACCGCCCCCACUGAAGCCCCCUGCCCCGCUCCCUGCACGGCCUCCAGUUUUUAAUCUGACUGUAGAUGAGAGUCGAAGGGAGCGUUCCCAGAACCAGCAGAGGAAGAACACUUAUAUCUGUGUUGGCUUCUUCUUCUGUGUCUUCCUACUGAUUCUCAUAAUCAUCCUCAGCCUUACAUCUAAAGAUGAUUUUGAUGUGAACUGCCCGCAUCACAACCCCGCGCUGCGAUCCUGGAACCCAGGCCACGAUCUCAAAAAGGUGGUGGUGGUACGCAGUGGUGAGCAUUAUCGCCUAGAUUCAUCUGCCACUCUAUACUCUGUCACUAUCCAGGCUGGAGGUUUGGUUGUCUUUGCGGAUGAUAAAAAAGGCUCCAAAAACAUUACAUUGCGAACACGCCAUAUUUUGGUCGAAGAUGGUGGCGCUCUCCAUAUUGGAGCUCCAAAAUGCCGCUACCGCUCCCUGGCCACCAUCACCCUGGUUGGCAGAUCGGACGAGACCGCUGUGACUGAAGUACCCGGGAUGGGCCGCAAGUUUUUGGGUGUGACUGGCGGAGGAACUCUGGAGCUCCACGGGUCAGAGAGGCUGUCUUGGACCUUCCUCACUUGCACCGUACCGACUUCAGGUUUGGCUACCGGUGACCAUGCCUUCCAGAAGAACUUCAGCCGUGGAAUUAACCUGCGGGUGGUUGAUCAGGACACGGCGGAGGUGCUGAAUAAUGAGCGCUUCGACACGCACGAUUCUCGUAACGACAGUAAGAGGCUGAGUGAGCUGCUGAAGUCUCUGCCCACAGGGCGCAUUGUUGCACUGGCCAUCGGAGAUUCUGCAGUGAAGAGCCUACUGGAUGAGACCAAGAGUACCAUCCAGGAUCUUCUAGGCAGCAACCAUGUCAAUAAUCUCAAAUACAGGCAGGCAUGGGCUUUGGUCUCAGUAAUUGGAGGAGGGAAUGGUUCUUGCACAGAAGAUGUACGAGAACACGAGAACCAUGAUACAGGUGGCAAGGCGCUGGCUCGCCGAGACUUUGUCACUGUGGAUGGUGUGGGUUUCACUGUUACUGCUUACAGUGAGUGGAGUAAUGGUUACCCUACAACAGGCAUCCAAGUGGAUGCAGUGGAUAAAGUGGUUCUGAACUUGCAAGAUGAUGUUAGCAGCUGGAAACCGGGCGAUCGGAUUGUGGUGGCCAGCACAGAUUAUUCUAUGCAUCAGGCAGAGGAAUUCACCCUGCUCCCGUGUCCCCACUGUAACAGCAAACAGGUUCGAAUUCAAGGAAAGCCUCAGUUCACCCACGUGGGAGAAAUACUGGACGGUGUGGAUAUGCGUGCAGAGGUGGCUCUCCUCUCAAGGAAUAUCCUUAUUCAUGGAGAAAUGGAAAACUCCUGCUACGGAGAAAACUGGUGCCAGUAUUUCAGCUACGACACCUUCGGGGGACACAUCAAGAUUUUGGGGAACUUCUCAUCGGUUCACCUGUCUCAAGUGGAGCUGAAACACAUGGGUCAGCAGCAGCAGAAGGGCAGAUACCCUGUGAACUUUCAUAGGUGUGGAGAUGUGGAUCAGCGCGGGGGCUACAGUGACCCCACCUAUGUGAACUCCCUGUCCAUCCAUCAUUCCUUCUCCCGAUGUGUUGCUAUACACGCCACUAACGGCCUGCUGGUUAGGGACACUGUUGGGUAUGACUCGCUGGGACAUUGUUUUUUCUUGGAGGAUGGGAUUGAACAAAGGAACAUAUUUUUCCAUAACUUAGGGUUGUUGACCAGGCCAGGGACCAUUCUACCUACUGACCGCAAUGAUAGCAUGUGCACAGACAUUAUCGACAGGGUGCACAAAGGAUAUAUACCAUCUCCUGCAACCGAGUGCAAGGCAGUAUCUACAUUUUGGAUCGCACACCCCAAUAAUCAUUUGAUCAGUAACUCAGCAGCUGGAUCACAGGAUGCAGGAAUUUGGUACAUUUUCCACAACUCUUCUACAGGUGACUCUCACGGAUUGAUUCCAGAGACAAAAGCUGAGCUCACGCCUCUGGGCAUCUUCUUUAACAACCGUGUUCAUUCCAACUUUAAGGCUGGCCUCUUUAUUGAUAGAAAAGUCAAGAGCACCAACGCCACUGCGGCAGACCCACGUGAAUAUCUCUGUCUGGACAACAGCGCUAGGUUCAGGCCUCAUGAGGACUCUGAUCCAAGCAAGCCACGGGUGGCCGCACUCAUUGACACACUCAUCUCCUUCAAAAACAAUGAUCUGGGGGCCUGGAUUCGUGGAGGUGACGUCAUCAUACAAAACUCUGGUUUUGCUGACAAUGGUGUUGGACUGUCAUUUGCAAGUGAUGGCAGCUACCCUAAAGAUGAAGGCUCCAGUCAGGAGGUCUCCCAGUCCCUGUUUGUUGGCGAGAGCAGAAAUCGUGGCACCAAUGGAAGGCAAAAUAAAUACUGGGGAAAUGGUGGAGUAGACGGAAAGAUGAGGACUCUACCAAGAAACAAGACGUUUCCGAUCAGAGGUUUUCAGAUAAAUGAUGGUCCAGUGAGGAUCUUGAACAGCACGUUUCGAGCCUUCAGUCCCACUACAGACCGCUUCACCAUGGCUGUGGGAUUCAGCCUGAAAAACAUCUGGCAGCUGACACCCAGAAAUAACCUGUCCUCUCUCGCCUUCCACCCUAGUGUGAAUCUUAGAGCCUUUUUUGGUCGACCGGGUGAGUGGUUUGAGCAGAACGAUCUGGAUGGCGAUAAAAAUUCUAUCUUUCAUGACCUGGAUGGCUCGAUCAGCAAUUACUCGGAUACAUAUGUGGCAAGGGCCGACAAUUUUCUGAUCCGCCACCCUCAAUGUGUGGAUGUUCCUCAUUGGAAUGGGGUUGUGUGCAGUGGCAAAUACUCUCAGGUGUACAUACAGACACAGGGCGCGUCUAAUCUAAGCCUGUCUAUCAUCAGAGAUGAGUACCCUGAUAAACCCAUGGUUCUCAGAGGUGUCAGAAGCCAGACAGCACCAACCCAGCAAUACCAGCCUGUAUUGAUGAUGGGCAAGAGCUAUACAGUGCACUGGAAUGGACCUGCACCCAGAGAAACUGUCCUGUCACUAAUUAAUUUUGAGCAGGGUGAUUGGGCUCUACUUGGUAUCUGCUACCCCAAUGAAACCGUAUUCCAGAUCACAUCAGACAUCUACAACAAGCAGAACAAUGGCUUUGAUGGCAUAGAGGAUUAUGGCCCCGUGUCGUCCAUUUCAGACCUAGAGAAACGACAGCAGGAGAGGAAGUACUUUUUCGACAAAUCUGCUGGUUUGUUAUGGCUGUAUGCGCGAGCUCGGCACAGACGAGACGGCCAUAGCUACUGCUCCACCGCAGGCUGUGAGAGGGUGAAGAUCAUCGCCACCAUACGUGCCAACCAAAAGACUCAGGCCUGCAACUGCACCGCCAAUGCCUACCCCAAAUACAGCAAGCCUGCCAGCAACAUAGUGCCUAUGCCAAAGCCGAACACAGAGCCCUGCAGAGCCUGCGGGGCCUCACAGUUUGCCUUCUCAAGUGAGCCAUGGAACAGCUACCUCCAAACCCAGAUCAAAUCCCUCAGUGUACAAGAAGAGCAGAAUGACACACAAGCCUAUAUCACUGUAAAUGCAGAGAGAUUUGACCUCAACCAGUCAGGGUUCCUCCUAGUGACGGUGGACGCAUGCUCUGGAAAAGUCACAAAGAGCUCAUUGUUUUCAACGCUGGACACUAAAAUGGAGCAGUAUUUUAAAACUGGAAUUAUGAAGAGGUCAAUAGUUCUUCUUGCCACAAGAGGUCAGCCUGACAUUUCUGGUAUUGCACAAUAUCUGGUCUCUUUGGGAUCUGCUAAAACACCAGAUCUUCAGAAGAAAGACGCCAUUGCUUUCUUUGGGUUCCUCGGUCAAGGAGGACCUUCACCACAGCCAUGGUCUGCUCUGUUGGCCUGCCAAGGCACCAAGGUGCUGGGAUUACUGGAAAGGUUCAUUCCCCUGUCCCUUGAGGAUUACUCUUGUCCACCACAAAAACACCCUCCCACUCGGAUGGAUCUUGAACUCCUGAGAAAAUCUCUUAGCCAAAAGUGAGCCUUUACUGGAUGUGAACAAACAACACAACCAGCGAAUGAAUGUGAACUUAUGAACGUAAUUUAUUUCGGCAAAGACAAGUGUUAAUGGACUUUAAACAAGUAUUUUAUUAAUUGAGUUGAAUGUAUUUGUUUGUUUGUUGUUUCGUCCUUCGUGGUUGUGUUUUGUCAUAAAUGUUACAGCACAAAGUGAUGCACUUUUUUUAACACCAAACAUCUUUAUGAAAGACUGGAUAAAAAAUGGACAGGGCAAGCUAGAAGUACAUCGUAAUAUGCUAAGGGAUGGUUUUGCGUUUCAGUAUUAACUGUGCAGAAGUACAGCACAAUACAAAUUGUUAUCUGAGGGGUCUCUUUUCCUCAUCCAACCAUCUGCAGCUGUAAAUGACACUCAGGCUUUCCUUAUUUAUUCCUCUUAAAUUGUUGGGAUAUUUUGUUAUUUAAUUUUCAUUCUGCUCUUUACUGCACACACACACACACCAUUGACUCAACAUUAUAUACUUUCACACUUAAUAUUAGACUGUAUUCAUGUUUGGUUUUACCUUAAACAUUGACUAUAGUCAAAAUAAUUUUCAUAAAACAAUUGUCUAAUGUUAGAUAUGUGUAUGCAGAAAAGGUGUUUAACCAGUUAGCAUGCAAGUUUUGUUUACUAUCAGGUCACUUGCCGUUUAUCAAAAGAAAUCACACCAACAGAUUUUAAUGACAGAUUAAUGUUCUGUUAUCAUUUAUUCACAUUUGUGUUGUUCCAAACCUGUAUUUCUUUUAAAAGUGGAACUCAAAACGAGAUGCAGAAGCAAGUACCAUUUUAUUUCCAAUGCAUGGGGAAAAAUAAGUAAUGUAAGUGAAUGUUGACAGGUUGUGAUUCUAGCUGUCUAAUUUUGUUUAAAUGAAGGUGUAUAGAUAGUCAUAUGUUUGGAACAACAUGAGGGUAAGUAAAUGAGAAACACUUUCAUUUUUGGUUGAACUGCCCCUUUAAAUAAUGUCCAUUAUCAAUUGCCAUCACUUAGCCUGAGAGAUGUAACAUCCCAUUUAUAAAUAAUCGUCAUUAUGUUUUAUUGAAAUGGAAGCCAUUUGGUCCGUGUACGUUUUGAUAGUUUGUUUUUUUCGUUUGAAACAAAAAACAAAAUAAUGAGAAACCACCCUUUUUUCGUUUUUCGUUUCAAACUAUUUGUCUGUAUGUGCCGUUUUGAGUUUAAUUAGUUUGGCUACUUCUUAACCACUGUACAAGGAGUUUUAUUGGUCAUUUGAAACGGAGAUAGUCUUGUAAACUGUUUCUUAAAGAUGAAAAAAGUUUUCCCUAAGUAAAUGAGUGUUGCCUCUAGAGUUAUAUUUUUAUUUGUAAAAUGUUUUUUUUUUACUAUAUGCUUUUGUGCUGUAAUCUGAUGUUUGUUUUUUAUGGUCAGGUAAGAUUUUACAAAGCUUAUAAAACAAAAAACUCGUA